CCAUCCCUCCACCCCAGAACCAGGGGGUAAGAGAUUGUUGCCAUGGCCACCCCCUUCCUGUGGAAGCUGUCUUCCCAGAAGCUGGGCUUCUUCUUGGUCAGCUUCGGCUUCAUCUGGGGCAUGAUGCUGCUGCACUUCACCAUCCAGCAGCGUGCCAGCCACGAGAGCAGCACCAUGCUGCGCCAACAGAUCCUGGACCUCAGCAAGCGCUACAUCAAGGCCCUGGCCGAGGAGAACCAGAGCGUGAUGGACGGGCCCUACGUGGGCACCAUGACGGCCUAUGACCUGAAGAAGACCCUGGCCGUGCUGCUGGACAACAUCAUGCUCCGGCUGGGCAAGCUGGAGUCCAAGGUGGACAACAUCUACAACGGCACAGGGGGGAACCUUACCAACGGCACCGGGGCCGUCACAGCCGCGCCCAGCGCUACCAACGCAGAGAAGGUCAACGUCGCCGAUCUUCUGAACGGCGCCCAAGAGAAAUGUGAGCUUCCACCAAUGGACGGAUUCCCUCACUGCGAGGGGAAGGUCAAGUGGAUGAAGGACAUGUGGCGGUCUGACUCCUGCUACAACAACUACGGCGUUGACGGCUCCACCUGCUCCUUCUUCAUCUACCUAAGCGAGGUUGAGAACUGGUGUCCCCGUCUGCCCUGGAGAACCAAGACCCUGGCCCAGGAGCUGGACCGGAGAGGACAGACGGAGGUCCGGACCAGCUUCGAUGAGCUGCACCGUGUCAUGUCCCGGCGGGAGGAGUUCCGCUGGAUGAUGCUGCGGAUCAAGCGCAUGGCUGAACCCUGGCUGUCGGCCGCACGCUCCCUCGCCUCCAAGCAGGACCUCGGCAAGCGCCACAGGAAGAAGAUCCUGGUGCACCUGGGCCUCCUCACCAAGGAGUCAGGUUUCAAGAUUGCGGAGAACGCCUUCAGCGGCGGGCCCCUGGGGGAGCUGGUGCAGUGGAGCGACCUCAUCACCACCCUCUACCUGCUGGGCCACGACGUGCGCAUCUCUGCCUCCCUGGCCGAGCUCAAAGAGAUCAUGCGCCGUGUGAUGGGGAACAAGUCCAGCUGCCCCACCCAGGGGGACAAGGUUGUGGAGCUCAUCUACAUCGACAUCGUGGGGCUCACACAGUUCAAAAAGACCCUGGGGCCCUCCUGGGUGCACUACCAGUGCAUGUUACGGGUGCUGGAUUCCUUCGGCACGGAGCCAGAGUUUAACCACGCCCACUACGCCCAGUCCAAGGGCCACAAGACUCCCUGGGGAAAGUGGAAUCUGAACCCGCAGCAGUUCAACACCAUGUUCCCCCACACCCCAGACAACAGCUUCCUGGGCUUCGUGGUGGAGCAGCACCUCAACGCCAGCGAUAUACGACACAUCGACGACAUCAAGCGGCAGAACCAGUCGCUGGUCUAUGGAAAGGUGGACAACUUCUGGAAGGACAAGAAGAAGUACCUGGACCUCAUCCACAGCUACAUGGAGGUGCACGGCACCGUGCACGGCACCAGCACCGUCCACCUGCCCAGCUACGUCAAGAACCACGGCAUCCUGAGCGGCCGAGACCUGCAGUUCCUCCUCAGGGAGUCCAAGCUGUUUCUGGGCCUGUCUUUCCCCUAUGAAGGCCCCGCCCCCCUGGAGGCCAUAGCAAAUGGUUGUGCGUUCCUCAACCCCAAGUUCACCCCUCCCAAGAGCAGCAAGAACGCAGACUUCUUCAAGGGAAAGCCCACUAUGAGAGAGCUCACCUCCCAGCACCCCUAUGCAGAGGUGUACAUUGGGCCCCCCCACGUCUGGACGGUGGACAUCGAGAAACCCGCCGAGGUGGAGCAGGCCAUCCGCACCAUCCUCAGCCAGAAGAUUGAACCCUACCUGCCCUACGAGUUCACCUGUGAAGGCAUGCUGCAGAGGGUCAACGCCUUCAUCGAGAACCAGGACUUCUGCCACGGCCAGGUGAUGUGGCCCCCGCUCAGCGCCCUGCAGGUGAAGCUGGCCGAGCCCGGCCACUCCUGUAAGCAGGUGUGCCAGGAGGAGCAGCUCAUCUGUGAGCCCUCCUUCUUCCAGCAUCUCAACAAGGACAAGGACCUGGCCCGGUUUGGGGUGGACUGCCAGACGGUAGAGUCCAGCGCUGACACUCUGGUGCCGGCCUACAGCGAGGAACGGCGCCACUGCAUCUUCCAGCAGGACCUGCUGCUGUUCAGCUGCGCCGGGGCCCAUCCCUCGCUGCGCCGCGUCUGCCCCUGCCGCGACUACAUGAAGGGUCAGGUGGCGCUCUGCCAGGGCUGCCUAUAGCCCCGCCCACAGGGGGGGACACGGGAGGGGAGACACCCGCCCCAAAACCCCCGCCCCGAAAAACCCCGGCCCUUAGGGGAGAGCAUGCCCUGUGAGCGGCCCCCAGCCCCGCCCCCGUCUGGGAAGAUUGUUGUGGGGUUGUGUGUGUGUUGUCAUUCUCACACGCACAUACACAAACACACGCACAUGAAGAGGAGGUGGAUUUGGAGUGGGCCUAGCCUUGUGAUGACAGUCGAAAGAGGAGGAGCUACAGAGAGACGUGUAAAGCCCUAUUUGACAGACGCACGCACACACACUCAAGGACGAGGAGAAUCUCCCCCCCCCUCUAUGAAAUCAGCUGAGAGUAACCAGAGGUGUCUUCACCUCUGCCCGUCUCCACAGCAACUCGAUGCGGAGAACCUGAGGCGAGCACAAGAGAAAGACACACACACACACACACACACACACACACACACACACACACACACACACACACACACACACACACACACACACACACACACACACACACACACACACACACACACACACACACACACUCCCCUCCUCUGUAGCGAAAUGAUUCAGACUAUUUGUGGCCCUGAAGGUAGUUUUACACUGGACUGUGAGGCACAAAGGCCCUGACCUCUGACCCCACACAUACACUGACUAACAUACAUACACUCACAAAAAGACACAUAAAUAAGCGCAAUUACUUCACACACAAACACCAAAUGUACACACACAAAAACAUAACACAGGCAAGCGAGCACACACACACACACACGGGGCAGACUGCAGGCCUUAAGAUAUAGUUUUACACUGUACUGACUGGCUUCUUGCCUGGCGCAAAACCAGACAAAUAUCGUAGAUUUAUUUCUUUUUUAUUUGUAUUAUUAUUAUUCUGAUGAUUGUUAUCUCUGCUUUGAAUGGUUGCCAGACACAUCUUCAAAUCAGUCUGCUUUUUAUUUUCUUCUGCUCUGCAACGGUUGUGAUGUGCCAAGGAGAUCGUCAUUGCGAGAUCGUCAGGACGUCGGCGAGGAGACCCUUGUGGGGGGGGGGGGGUAGUUUCCCGCAUUAUUUAUAUUUUCCAGUUGAACGGGCGUACCGAUCACACAUGAUGAAAAACAGGAACUUCAGUGCGGUUGAGCGAGCGAAGCCUGUAGAGAAACGCAAUCAAAUGCCUCGUUUUGGAUCAAGCAUUUGUUAUACAACAAAUUUCCUGACGUUGAACCUCCCACCGGAAGUGGGAGGGGCUUGGAGCUGCCGCUGUCAUAUCUGUGAUUUAAUGAGGGUUUAUGCUACACAACCUGGACUGAACUAGGGUACCGUUUGAAAACUAGAUUUGUUUCUCCGGCUGAUUGAUGACAUACGGACAGAGGUGUGUCUGUUUAUGAAUGAACUCCCACGAAAAAAAAAGGAUGUGAAAAAAGUUGAUAAAUAAAAAAGUAGGUUUGCGUAAAAUGGUGUAGAGUUCGCGUCCUGGCGCUGUUGUUGAUCUUGUUUCGCUAGGUUGUCCGGAAUAGUGGAACGCGCACUAAUACCACCUCGACAGCUGGGGUAAAAACGAUGUGAAAACACAUCGGUUUUAGAUUUGCCUGCAGCCUAUUCAGGAGAAGAAAUAUUUAAGAUCAAUAAAAAAAACAUAGUAGUAGGUAAGCCUACCGGUCAUCAAUGAAAAAAUGCACUGUUAAUCUAUUUAGAGAUUUAACAAAACGAUAUUAGUAACACUAUAUAUUGUUAAUAUGGGUUAUCAAAUUAUUAUCCUUUAUAUUUAUUUUGUAUACAGAACUUUAUCUGUUUUUUUUAUUAAAAUCUGUUUUUAUUUAUGGGAGGGAUUUCUUUUUCAUUUUAUUUUCUUUGUAUAUAUUUAAUUUAUGGUGAGAGGGAUAGUAGAAGCGAGAGAAAGACGGUAACCAGAUUUAUUUGUUUUUCCAUCAUUACGUUUUGUUCAGGAAACACGCAGACCAGUAUCUCAAUGUUUGAAACUAACUUGGUCUUUCUGUUACCUUCUGUUGUCUCCGUAAGUCAGAAGUCAGCUUGAGUGGCAGCGUUGCAUCAUUCCAAAGUUAUUUAGAAAGCGAGCAGAGGCCGUCUAGGGUUUAUUGUUGUGAGAUAAUCCUCUUCAUCGUCGUGUUCUGACCAGAUCUGGAGAUGUCUACACAUGAUGGUGAUGGAUGGCUAUAACAUGUCGGCCUACCUGAGGAAUAACAUGCAUACCACAUGUUUAUGACUCAGUCGUCUCCCACCAUUAAAGCCUGCGCUGCUCACAGUAAAAGCCUGUUUCUGUGCACGUAAACACUUUGUUCACAUCAAAAGAAAAUGUAUACAGCUCAUGGACCGUUAUAACCAUAAAAAUCAUAUACAAAUCACCUGUUCUGAAUAUGUGGGUUUGGUGGAUAAAUGGUUCCACUCCCUCCAUGUCCAUGUGCAGAACGAUACCCAUGUAUGGCCUACUGACGGAUCAACUCUGUGGUGAGGUUUGUCGUGGGUUCAUCAGCCAAGUCGGUUCUUUGAACAUCGUCAUGUGCCUUUUAUUUCCCUUUAUGUUCUGCUUCAGGCUUGGCUUAGGCAGUCCCCAUGUUCAGACCACAGACGCUGGGUGGACAUGUGCGAGUCCCGUGGAGGGUUAGGACUUUCGUUAGAGGGAAUCUGAAAUAAUCAUGCGAUAAUCAUGCGUCCUAUUACUAUGUUGUCACUGCAUAUAAUUAGAUCUGUCAAUAUUCCAAUCGAUUGUCAAUCCAGGACUUGAGGUAUAUUCUGUUUCCAUAGUCAUAGCUAUUAUUAUUAUUGAUGGUAAAGAUUAAUAUUUCCAAUAGGGCAGAUAUAAAGUUUUGAGCUGUGGUGCAGAAGGGCCUUGUUCACUUCUUGCUAAUCGCGCUAGCCCUGUUCUGUUAAAGCAUUUCAUUAUUUUCUGUAUCAAUGUUGUUGGUUUUAUUAUCGGUGGGUAUUCAGUAUACAGUUCUUCGGUGUAUAACUUGGCAAAACAUAAAACUUUAUUCACUAUUUCUCUUUCUUUGUUUUUUCAUUUAGUUUACCGAAUUAAUCCUCUUUGGGGGUAAAAAACAGUUGACCAAUAAUCAAUAACUAUGACCCGUCUGUAGAAGCCGGGGUCCUCGCAAAAGUCCGGCAAGGUUGAGAAUAUGUUGCGGAAAAUUUAAUAACGAAAUGACAACUUUUUUCUUUCUUUUCUUUUUGUUUUCACAGUCCUUGACAAACAAGAGAGAUAUAACUUUAUUUUUAAAUAAAGUUUUUUUUUUCUGUGACAACAGUCUCUGUAUUAAUUUCGACUCUACAGCUGAAUAACAUCACAGGAAUACAGUAUUUACACAAUCACACGAAAGCUACCAUCAUGAGGACCGUGUGUGUGUAAGCUAACCUGUGUUACAAUGUGUGUGUGUGUGUGUGUG